AUGCCAAAGAUACGCUUACGAAUCAUCUGGAUCGCGCUGUCUGCUACUGUGUUAGCUUCUUCUGGUCGUCAUGCAGCAAUAGUCCAUGCCGUGGCGGUACCAAGUGGUAUCAUUCCCUUCACCAGCUAUAGGGAUGACUACGACAAUCCAUCCUUGCAACCGGCCUUGUCGGAUGAUGAUGACACUAUCGAAGGCUUUUUCUUUCACCGAUUCCAAUCCCCGUCAUCAAUUCAGGCCGCCCUAAAAAAGAAUCUGAAACGAAAGAGAAAUCCGCUUAAAGACUUUCGCGGAAAGGAUGGUCGUGCCGGCAAGGUAUCUUCCACCAAACUGAAUGGGGAUUGGGUAUUGGCGGAAUCUAGUCAAGUGGCGGUGAAUUGCACUGUAGACGAAGUCCUCGCUGCUUACCUGACACCUUCACUCCAAGAGAAAUGGAACGAAAAGGAUGUCAUUCAGUGCACCUUUCACGAAAUUCAGUGUGAUGAUGAUGAGAUUGACGAUGAUUACAAUCCCAAUGCAAAAGGAGAAGAUGCUCAACCAAAAAAGGGGAUAUCAUCACGAAGAAUACCAGGGGGAUUUGGAGGAGCAAUGCUGCAAUCCUUGCAUCAUGACAAGGAUGAAAAGUCUGGUGGUGGUAUAAGGUACCGCCAAGACUUGGUAUUGAAAUCGCAACGAGUGAUUCGUAGCCAUACAGGUAUCAUGAGAUAUUGCCAAAGUGUCACCAUUGACAAGAUCGGCAAGGACAAUUAUUCCGUCCUGGUUCAUUUGGAUCCGGAAGCAGGAGAAGGUACAACCAAACGUCCAUUUGAUUCAUUAUCCGUCUAUGUUGGACUCCAACAGGCUGGACAAAAUGUGGAUAUUUAUGCGGCUGGUGUCAUGAAAGUCAAUCGCAAGGUCGUGCCCAAUUUAGUAAUCUUUGAUGCCAGUGGUAUCGCUGGAAGCAUGGCUGGAAAAGGGACCUUGUGGCUCGCUGGGCAUUUUGAGCAAAGACGACAACGAAAACUAGCAGGGUCUAGCAGUAGAAUUAGUACUAGCGAUAACAAACAAUAA